AUGGAUAAAGCUCUCAUGGCGAUGUCUCUUGAAGAAGAGGACCUCCCAUUUGAUCUUCUAGACCUGCCUGAGUAUAGCUCCUGUGAGAAGAAUGUAUUCAGUGUGAUAGGAAGGCUUCUUAAUCCUGACUGUCAAAAAAUGGCGAAUCUCAUUCUUGACAUGCCUCGUAAAUGGCUAAAGCAGGAUAGAGUCCGUGGAGUGGCUUUAUCUAAAGAAAGAUUUCAGUUUAUCUUCCAAACUGAACAAGAUAUGGAAGAGAUUAUGAAGAAAGGGCUUUACUGUUUCAACGAGUGGGCUCUAGCUAUGGAAAAAUGGGUGGACCACCCGCCAAGUGAUUAUCUGCAGUUUGUGGAAAUAUGGGUUCAGAUCCGCAAUAUUCCGGUUAACCAUUACACUGAAGAAGCUAUUACAGCAUUUGGGGAUAUAGUUGGUCAAGUGGUGGAAGUUGCUUUCGACCCAACCAAAUCUCAAAGUCGUGGUUUUGUGAGAGUAAAGAUAAGAUUUGAUGUGUCUAAACCGCUUAGGAAAUCGAAGGUAAUCAACCUUCCGAAGGGUGGAGGUCAGGUUUCAAUUGAAUACUUCUAUGAGAGAGUCCAGAAAAGAUGUUAUUCUUGUCAGCGAUUAACUCAUGAGCAGAGUGUUUGUCCGUUGAUCAUAAAGAAAAGACUUGAUCAAGCAGUGGAUAGAAGAUUGGGGCGUGAGUCUGAAAAAAAGAUUCCUGAGUUGAUCUUGAAAAAGGAUGACCCGUUAUAUGGGGUUCUUAAGGAAGAACAAGUUGGAAUUCAUCCAGUUUUGGGUCGUCCAAAAAUUGCUGCUGAAGUUCUUGAAGGUAUGCGUCAAUAUCUUAUGGUGGUGGAAGGUGAGGAAAGGAAAAUCAGAGAGGAAAGGGUCAAGAAAUCGGUUGCUGAUGCUGAAUGUUCGUUGGCUUCACAAAAAUCGAUAUUGAGACUUGAACCUCCUCCGGUAAUUACUAGAGACACUCUUAAAGGGAAGGGGAUUGUGUUUGGCUAUGAUUCAUCUGACGCGUCGACCCAAUCAGAAAUGAUUAAACCGAAUAGCCAAAAGCUUAUGUCUUCAGCGAUGCUAUCAGGAGCAGGAAGUAGCUGGGCUCUGGGAAAUCCCACUUUGAAUAAAAUUAAUCCAAAUGAUGAAGAGGGGGUGGCUCCUUUGGGGCUAGUCCUUCCGGAUCCAAAAUGA